AUGGAGCAGAAUUUGACAGACCUGCUGGGCAGCAUUGGCUCUGAGAACAUAUUGAUGAGUUACAUCUCACCAACACCUAACUCCUCUGCAGCCGAUGAAUAUGCCUUUUACUACUCAGAACUACACAUCAUCUGUCAUCCUGAAGGUAUUCCAGCAUUUGCAUCUACCUUAUUUCCAGUGCUGUACUCCAUACUGUUUGUGGCAGGCCUUGUGGGAAAUGCUUUGGUUGUUUGGAUUCUGACAGUCUCCAUGAAAAUCAAGACCAUGACUGACGUGUAUCUGCUGAAUCUGACUGUCUCUGACCUCCUCUUGGUAUUCUCCCUGCCCUUCUUGGUUCAGUACUCCGUUGUGAGCCAGUGGACUUUUGGAAAUGCACUGUGUAAAAUCAUCAGCUCAGUUUACUUCAUUGGUUUCUACAGCAAUGUCUUCUUCAUAACUAUCAUGAGCGUCGACAGGUACUUGGCCAUAGUCCACUCCCUCCAUGUCCAAGGGAUUCGGACAACUGCCAUUGGGUUUAUCACCACUCUGGUUGUUUGGGCAGUUGCCAUUUUAGCAUCAAUGCCAGACUUACUUUUUUCCCAGGAAGUGAAUGACAAUAACCAUAUUAAGUGCCUCCCUCACUAUCCUGGUGGCAACAAUGACUGGAAGACUUUCAGUAAUUUUUUAGUCAACAUCCUGGGGUGGCUAAUCCCUGCUGUUGUCCUCAUUUUCUCCUAUCACAGCAUCUUGAAAAACCUUCAGAAGUGCCAUACCAAGAACAAGUACAAAGCAAUUAAACUGGUUUUUAUUGUUGUCAUUGUGUUCUUUCUCUCCUGGACCCCUGUCAACAUUGUGCUGUUUUUGGACUCUCUGAGGAACAUGUCCAUCAUCGAUGACUGCCAGACAAGCCAAAGGCUAGACCUAGCCAUGGAGAUGACUGAGGCACUCUCCUUUGUGCACUGCUGCCUCAACCCAGUCAUCUAUGCUUUUGUGGGUGAGAAGUUCAAGAAGCAUCUCUGUGACAUUUUCAAAAAAUCUGCAUGUUUUCUGUCGAAAUGCAAAGGUUACGGGGCUUUCAGUGGGCACAGCCUGGACAAGCACUCCUCUCUGCACACAAAGUCCUCACAGUUGUCUUAUGUUGGCACUGUGUUGUAG